AGGCUGCAAUCAGGAGCUCGGCAUUUAGGUAUGGAUAUAUCCUAUCUACGCCUAAGACUGGAUAAAGAAGGAAACCCAUCAGGACUAACAAUUAUCGUCGGUCGUCGCUCCAACUCAAGAGGAAGGAUUUGUACGGGUCAGCGAUGUGUGUGUGAAAAUUUACGUCCUUGUGCUUUCGGCUUAUGCGUGUACUGCAGUUUUUGAAUAUUGAUUUUGCGUAUUUUUGUGAUUUGCCAAGGACCUAGGAAUGCAUAUUGGUGGAUUAUGAAUCCAGCUUUUGCGGUUUGGGCUUUGUGGUUUUGCUUGUUUUCCAUCGGAAGAAAAAUUAAUGAGAAUGGUAUAAAGUAUUAACUCCAUCAGGUGCAUCCUGUGCCAAACUUGAACCAUUGGGGGGCUGUAAAAUGUGGUUUGUGGCUCAAGGCGCUGGAAUUGACAGUAUGGGAUAUGCAUUCAGUAAAUUGGAUGUUGAUUGUGGAGCUGGUGAUGGUUCUGUGGAGGAUAUUGGUAGCAAUCCAAGUCCUAAUCAGUUGGAUUCGAUGGGACAUGAUAUUGCUCACUUAACAAAGCUUCAAUCGGGACCAAAUGAAAAUUUUAGCCGAGUUAUACCAGGGAAACACAAGGCUCCCAUUUCAACGGUGAAGAUGUUGGCUGGCCGAGAAGCUAAUGUUUCUGGAAGAGGAAGGUUCUCAGCUGGAGACUGCUGUCAUGUUCUUAGUAGAUAUCUUCCUGUCAAUGGCCCCUUCCCUGUUGACCAGAUGUCUACUAGAGCUUAUGUAUCACAAUUCUCUGUGGAUGGCUCCAUUUUUGUGGCUGCAUUUCAGGGAAGUCAAAUUAAAAUAUAUGAUGUUGAUGCUGGGUGGAGAGUUCUGAAAAAUAUUCUGGCCAGAAGCUUAAGAUGGACUAUCACCGACACAUCCCUUUCUCCAGAUCAGCGACACCUUAUCUAUGCUAGCAUAUCACCAACUAUCCAUAUUGUUAAUGUUGGAUCUGGCACAAAACAAUCUCUUGCUAACAUCACAGAAAUCCAUGAUGGUUUGGAUUUUACUUCUGAUGAUGAGGAUUAUUCUUUUGGAAUUUUCUCUGUCAAAUUCUCAUGUGAUGGGCAAGAAGUUGUUGCUGGGAGCAGCAAUGGUGAUAUUUAUGUGUAUGACCUUGAAGCAAAAAAAAUUUCUCUUCGAAUUGCAGCACACAUGUCUGACGUGAACACUGUAUGUUUUGCUGAUGACAGUGGCCAUCUCAUUUAUUCCGGGAGUGACGAUAACUUCUGUAAGGUUUGGGAUAGGCGCUGCUUCAGAGACAAAGGCAAACCGGCUGGAGUCCUUAUGGGUCACCUUGAAGGCAUUACCUUUAUUGAUAGUCGGAAAGAUGGUCGAUAUUUAAUAUCCAAUGGCAAAGAUCAAUGUCUCAAACUCUGGGAUGUGCGGAAGUUGUCCUCUAAUACCACUUGUUAUCGAGGAUACAGAAACUACGAAUGGGAUUACAGGUGGAUGGAAUACCCACAGCGUGCAAGAAACAUGAAGCACCCGUAUGAUCAGUCAAUCGCUACAUAUAAAGGCCACUCAGUCCUGCGUACACUGAUCCGUUGCUACUUCUCGCCCGAAUAUAGCACUGGGCAGAGAUACAUCUACACAGGAUCUCACGAUUCGAACAUCUAUGUUUAUGAUUUGGUGAGUGGUGCACAGGUUGCUAAGCUCCAGCACCACAGAUCGACCGUGAGGGACUGUAGCUGGCACCCAUAUUAUCCCAUGUUGGUAACUUCUUCAUGGGAUGGAGACAUCGUCAAGUGGGAAUUCCCCGGAAACGGAGAGCCUCCACGACCUACAAACUCCGACACCCGUGGUUCAGCUCGUUAGUUCAAUGCAGAAAACCGAUACACCACCACCUAUCUGUAUCCUGGCAGGCAAUGAUAUAUGAAGAAAGCAAGCAGUGAGCCUCCCCAAAAAAAUUUGUGUUCUAUUAUAUAUGGUUUGUACAUAAAACUGGUCUUCCAACAUCAAAUAAUUAAUGAUCAUGUCCCUCAGCUGCUCUGUAUUGUACUGUGUGGUGCCUUUUGGAACAGCACUUGACAUGGGCCCAAUUCAUUUUUGUUUGGGCCCAAGUAGUCCAACAAGUAGCACUUAUAGAAAGGUCAUUCGCUCA